ACGAACAGUCGCCGACCGACUGCCAAUCCGCCUCUCGCUCUCUCCCUCUCUCCACAACAUGACUGCCUGGGAAGCGGUGGCUCAGGCAGAGCAGCAGGAGGAUUAUUAAAUAACGCAGCUCGACUCUGUUCAACUGGGAGUGGAGAGAAGGAGCCCAACGGCCAAGGCAGGGAGGGAGGUCAGAGGAGGGGUGCCAGGAAGGACAACCCCCGUGCUCCGAAGACAGAAAUCCCCGCGUGCCCGGGAGAAGCCUAACAAGCGCCGCGGAGCCCUCCAGGUUGCUAAGUUGGCUAUCGCAGUGCAAGCCUUGGAGUCCCAAUGGGGGACUCCAGAUCAAGACGAUCUACUCUGGUCUCCCGGUUGCCAAUAUUCAGAAGGAGUAUUAGCAGAAAACAUGAUUCUCUUCCUUCUUCACCCUCCUCCAGUAAUACAGUCGGUGUCCACAGUUCGUCUCCUUCCAGCACUAACUCAAGCUCAGGUAGCACAGGUAAACGCAGGAGCCUCUUCCGUACUCCUUCCAUUAGCUUCCAUCAUAGGAAGGGGAGUGAACCUAAGCAAGAACCUACCAACCAGAACCUUAGUAUUUCAAAUGGUGCUCAACCUGGUCACAGCAGUAUGCAAAAACCGAGUUCGGAAGAACAUACUAAAACCAGGGGAAGACAUUCUGUUGGUUUUAGCAGUUCACGAAAUAAGAAGAUAACAAGAUCUUUGACAGAGGAUUUUGAAAGAGAAAACGAGCACUCGACUAAUAAGAAUGUCUUUAUAAAUUGCCUGAGUUCUGGCAAAAGUGAGGGGGAUGAUUCUGGAUUCACAGAAGAACAAACUCGCCGUUCUGUUAAGCAGUCAACAAAGAAGCUUCUUACUAAAUCCUUUUCAUCUCACUAUAAAUUUUCUAAGCCAGUUCCACAGAGCCAAUCCAUUUCAUUGGUACAACAAUCUGAAUUCUCACUGGAAAUUGCACAGUACCAAGAGAGGGAACCUGUAUUACUAAGAGGUUCUCCAUCUUGUUCUGUGGAUGUAACAGAACGGGCGGGAAGCUCGUUACCAUCUCCACUGCUUUCUGCUGAUUUUACUACAGCUCAGACACCUUCAGAGUUCUUAGCCUUGACUGAAGAUUCUGUGUCUGAAGCAGAUGCAUUUCCUAAAAGUGGAAGCAUGGCAUCCCACUGUGACAACUUGGGCCACAGUGAUUCUACCUCUCAGAUUUCUCCCAAUCCUGCUGCUGCUGCUACAAAGACAACAGACCUUAUGGGAACUGCUCCCUGUGCAAUUAUGUCUCCUGGGAAAUACAGGUUAGAAGGUCGGUGUAGCACUGAAUCUAAAUCCUUACCAGAAACCUCUGCUGCUAAUCAGAAGGAAGUGUUACUGCAAAUCACUGAACUACCUGCUAUGAAUGCGAGUGACUCAGAGAUUCAUCUAUCAGCAGAUACAAGAAGAGGAGAACAUAUGGUGAUACAAAAUGGUGAAACAAUGUUGGCAACAAGCUCCCCAAGGAAACUUGGAUUUUAUGAGCAACAUAAAGCAAUAGCUGAACGUGUUAAAGGGAUCCAUCCUAUUUCAGAUUCAAGGAUAAUACCCUCUUCCGGUGAUCAUUAUAUUUUAAACAAAACAUCAUAUGGAUAUGAUGCAAAUCCUGCCAAAGUUCUUGCCAGUAGCCUCAGUCCAUACCGUGAAGGAAGAUUUAUAGAGAGGCGACUGCGAUCCUCAUCAGAAGGAACUGCAGGGAGUAGCAGGAUGAUUUUGAAACCAAAAGAUGGAAAUGUAGAAGAAGUUAAUAGUCUAAGAAAGCAAAGAGCAGGUUCAUCAUCUUCAAAAAUGAACAGCAUGGAUGUUUUGAAUAAUUUGGGAUCUUGUGAACUGGAUGAAGAUGAUCUAAUGCUUGAUUUGGAAUUUUUAGAGGAACAGAAUCUUCAUCCUUCAGUUUGCCGGGAGGAUUCAUACCACUCUGUGGUCUCAUGUGCUGCUGUAGUUCUCACUCCUAUGGACCCAACAAUAGAGAUGAAGAAAAGAGAAGAACUAAAAUUUCCUGAGCCUUCGAAACAGAACCUUUCCCUGAAAUUAACAAAAGAGAUUGAUCAGGAAGCCAGGUGUCCCCAUAUCAGGGGAACGCCCAGCAGUCCAUCUGCAGAUUGGCCCCUGCCAGGUGUGGAAGAAAAUGGAGGCAUCGAUUCUCUGCCAUUCAGACUGAUGCUACAGGACUGCACAGCCGUCAAGACAUUAUUAUUAAAGAUGAAAAGAGUUCUACAAGAGAGUACAGAUAUGAGCCCAGCAAGUAGCACCACUUCACUUCCUGUUAGUCCUCUUACUGAAGAGCCAUCGCCUUUCAAGGAUAUAAUGAAAGAUGAAUGCUCAAUGCUGAAGCUGCAGCUGAAAGAGAAGGACGAACUCAUUUCCCAACUUCAGGAAGAACUGGACAAAGUUCAGCAUUUACAGAAGGCUUUUGCUUCAAGAGUAGAUAAAUCCACACAAACUGAACUUCUAGGCUAUGAUGGUUUGAACCUGAAAAGACCAGAGUCAGUACAAGGAGGGAGAGAGGCUACAUAUCGAAAUCGAAUUGUGAACCAAAGUCUCAGCACAAGGGACAGAAAAGCAAUGCAUACUCCCACCGAGGACCGUUUUAGAUACUCAGCAGCGGACCAGACAAGCCCCUACAAAAGCAAGACCUGUCAGCUCUCCAGUCUAUGUUUAAGCAAUUUUUUGAAGGACAAGGAACUAGUGGAAGUUAUCAAACACUCCAGAGGAACUUACGAAACCCUCACGUCAGAGGUCACCCAGAAUUUACGGGCCACUGUAGGGCAGAACUCUCUGAAACCAAUAGCUAAGACCGAAGGGCUCUCCACGUUCUCAGAGAAACCAAAGGACCAAGCUGCUGUGGCCCGACAGCAUUCAACCUUUACAGGCAGGUUUGGACAACCGCCAAGAGGGCCAAUCUCUUUACACAUGUACAGUAGAAAGAAUGUUUUCCUCCAUCACAAUUUACACACAACUGAGCUGCAGGCUCUAGGCCAGCAGGAUGGGUAAUUAAAUCACCCCAUUCCUGUCUCUGGGUAGGAUAAGACGGUUAGUGUUUCUCGUGCAUAGCUCAUGUUUAAAUUUUCAUGUAUUUUUUAUUACUUUUUAUUUUUAGUUAUAAACAAAGAACUUUACUUUUUUUUUUAGAAUGAGGGUUCAAGCAUGUUAAUUGAAUUAGGUUUAAUAGCUUUGGAGACUUUAUUAUAUAUAUGUAUAAUAAAUGAGACCAUCUUGCUGGUUUAUAUACAGGCCAUAAUUUAUUUAUCUUUUAUUUUUAUCAGUCACUGAUAUGCAUUGAAGUUUCAGAAGAUAAUAUCAAAUAGCACUCUGUUCACUUAAUGGUGUUACUGUGAAAAUAGAUGUGCAGAAUAGAUAAAGCGAUUGUAAGGAAUUUUAAAUUACAUAGUUAAUAGAGAGAGAAAAGAGGGAUUUUAAAGUCUUGUAUUUGGUGGUGUAUUUAUUUGAAGAAUGAAGCUUGCUUGCAUAUAACCUAGAGAUGCGUUUGUCUCUCUGUUACAUACAAUCAAGCUUAUCUUGCCAUACGAUUAAGGGGGAAAGUGGUAUUUCUUUUAUCCUCUAAGUGUUUAGUUCACACUAGUUCACAAAGGAUUUCAGACUGAGUAAUUGCUAGCCAAAUAGAGAAUGACAGCUCUGAUCUUCGAAACAACUUGCUUUUAGUUUUUGCUACUGAUGUCGAAGUACUAUGACAUAACACAGUGAGGUGGUAAUGUUGCCUGAAUUUUGUCAAAUGAUGCGUAAAACAUGACAUGCUACACUCUUUGAGUCACUGUCAUGGUUAUAUCACCAUAUUUUUUAAAAAUUUGAGGAAUAGAACAUUCUAAGAAAAUUAUUUUACUUCACUUUCCUUAUAUUUUUUAAUUUUUCACUUCUUUUUUUAAUGUAUGUCCAAUUUUGCUUUAUAUACAUUAUUAACCCACAUCAAUUACUCUACAUUAUGAAUUGAGGAAGAGAAAGUCAGUUUCUUGGUAGCCCAGUUUACACUAUUUUGACUAUUCAGUCAUCUAGAUUUAGAGGAAAAAGUAAAAUAUAUGUAAACUUCGGCAGUUUGAUCUUAGAAAUAAAUGUCUAAUAGGAAUACUUCACUCGUUUGAUGGCAAAUAUUUCUCUUUAACAAACAAGGCCUAAUAUGUCUUAUACAUAAGUGCACGUGAGAUAAAUAAUUCCUUUAUGUUUAAUUAAUCAUAGAGCUGUAUGCAGCUAUAGAAAUAAAUAAUUUUAAAAUGACCAGUAGGAAUCAGGGCUGCAGCUUUCUUAUACGAAGAUAAAAGCUAAUAACUGAAUCCAUAUUAGGCACAGUCCAUGCAAAUUGAAAUUGUCAUACCUACUGCAUGAUCUGUUUCCCUUGUGCUGACAGAAUCCAUGAAAUGAAUAAAGGGAAACUGAGAUAGCAGUUUUAGCAUGAUCUGACUAACUCGCUUAAAUUAAAGCUAUGUGUGAAAUGCAUCUCCUAAAGCAAAAGUGCAUUUGAGCUCUAUGCUUUGGGAAAAAGACAUUAGAUAUCCCCCCACUAGCUUUAACUAUUAAACUUUAACCACUUUUCAAACUUCGAUUAGAAUUGAUAAGAGUAAAGAGUUUAGUGGAUAUGCUGGAUUUGUAAUUUUGGUUUUCCAAAGGAAAACACAUGUGCAUCAAGACAAAUGUUUGCCAAAUGUUUUCUUUUUUGUGUGUGUUUGUAAUUCUGCCAAAAGAGAAUAAUGCACACUGCAAUUUGCUUCGCUUAAUGAGACUGCUAUCUAAAAUUCCCACUAUACUUUAGAAGUUAUAAUAUUCAUGCAGACAGACAUUUUGGGCUGGAUGGUAUUUAAGAAAUGAUAGAAAAAUUAUGAUUAUUAAUUGUGGUAUUCAGCUUCAUUUGUCCUAAAAGUUGGUGUGUGUUACUAGAGUAUUUGAAGUCUGUAAAUAAAUCAGAACGGUCAAAUAAUCAAGGAUUUUUUCCCAGGAUAUGGAAGAACUAUGUAUCACAAAUAAUGUUUUUGAUUUGGACUUUUGGAGCUUAUAGUUUUGCUUUCCUGGAAGAUAGACUUUUGAAUUAUACUUUGUAAAAAAUAAUCUAUUUAAGAAAAUCUGUCAUUUAAUAGACAUUUUAAGAGAUGUUUUAAAUGCUAGUAUUUUCUUGAAAAAUCUUUUUUAAAGCUGAAACAUUCAAAAAGAAAACCUGGGUUAAACAGUUCAAUUUUAAAAGGAGGGGUAUUUUUUGGAAAUAUCAUCUUAAAGCUGUUUUGUAUCAGUAUUUUCAGCAUUGUUAUAAUAUUAUUUGUAAUACUAAGUGUAACUCAGGCCUGGAGAAGGUGUAAGCCCACUAUGCUAAUAUACAUCAGUAACUGUAAAACAGGGGUUCUUUGUAAGUUCCUCUUGUGUAUAUAGAGUACUUAUGUGGGCAUUCUUUCAGCAAAUUGAUUUCUUUGUACUAAAAUCUCUAGUUUUCUAAGACAGUUCCAUGUAUAAAAAUGAUUUAUACAUUUCUCCAAGGCGGUACAUAUCCAAAGACAUGACACCAGGGGGAAAAAGUGCUUGUUUUUCUGAUGGAAGCAGUUGUCUUUUCUUUCCCUUCCUGUUUCUUCUGUGCAUGUGUAUGUGUAGCUAAGCCUAAGUAACUCUGUAAAAUUUCUGCUGCAAAUCUUCUUUUCUGAAUUUAGAACGUGUUUUAAAGGACACUUAAGAAGAGAUAUUCCUUCAGGAAAAGCUGUUUCCACCUGAAAUAAACUGUUCUCAUUUUUGUAAUUAUUGGAACAUGCAACUGUAUUUCUAUGAAGUCAUUGAUUUUUUUUCAAAUAACUUUAUAUGCUAACAGAGUCACAGCAAAAUUACUCUCUCUCCAAACUCUUUUUUUCUUCUUUGGAGCACCAUAGUCUUUGUGCAAAUGACACCAUGAAACUGUAGCUGCAGUGCUAAAGGUGUGAAUCUACCAAUAUCAAUAUGCUCAGGGUAAGGACCUAGGGCCACAUAUCAUUCAAGUUGUUUUUAUUAUUUAUUGAUUGAGAUAUAAAUAAAAUAGCCAGCCACUAGUCAACAAUAAACAUUUGUAGACAUGCCCACACUUACUUAAAAUGUUUACCAAGAUUUUCUUAAGCAAUCUGGGUUUAUGACCUGUGUUUUACACCCUGUAUUUCCCAAGAUUUCAACCUAGCCUAUUGUCAUUAAUUUUCUGAGUGUUACUGAAUUCAAAGUAAUUAACUGAAUUCAAAGAAAUUUUCACAUUUUAUUUUAUUACCUUGUGUGUGUUUAACAGAGAUAACACUUCCCCUAAAAAGAGUUAAUAUUUUCUUUUUAUUAUCAUGUAUUUAAAGAUAAGGUAAAUGAUCAAGAUAAAUGAUCAUAUUCCACUCGUCCUCCCAAGACCUUUCUUAGUAACUUAGUUGCUGAUGAAUAGCAGAAGCAGUUUAUUGAAUGGUGACAUUCAUUAUCACCUUUCUCAUUAUUAAGAAGUAGUAAGUAACCCACUGUAGUGGGUAACUUGGAAUACUGGCUAUGGUCUUAUAGUCUAAAUUUUGUUCUACUUUUCCACUUUUAGAACUUUAUAUUCCAAAUACCUGUAGAAGUAGGAAGUGCUUCAAAACAGCACUGACAACUCCAUUAAAUCACCUGUAGAUCAACGUGGAAAAAGAAAGGGGGAUGCCUGUAGAGAUGCUGUCUGUGAUUGCCAUUCUUAUCCCUGAAUCACAUUCCCCACAGCCGGAGGCUUUUCCCUGGUGAUGUAUCCAUUUAAAUAUAGUACUGAUUCAUUUGUUCUAAGGAUUUUGAUUGCAUUUUGGAACUUGACUCUAUUUAGGCUUUAUUAUCAAAUCCUUUUAUAUAUUUUCUUUUUUUACCCCAAGAAAUAAUUCACUCACACAUAAUAUUUCUUUGGUAAUUUACUCCUCCUGGAAUUUAAACUCUUUUUUUCUUGUUCUUUUUCCAUGUGCUAAUUUUGUCAUGCCAACACUAGGCUAUAUCUAUACACAUGGCAGGGAUGAUAGAAAAUAUCAACUAGUUACGUUCUUACAAAAAGUUGAAUUGAGAAAAUAUAAACUAGUUGGGUUCUUACAAAAAGUUGAAUUGCACUGUAGUAUAAGAGCAAACAGCCAACUAUCAACCAACUAAACAAAGCCCUCUUCUCUAACAAUAUACAUUAGCAUUGCCAAAUUUUUAUUUUUCAAAUCUCAAUCUGUGCCAAGUUCUUUCACCAAUAGAAUCACAAACAUAUCCACCAACUAUUUAUUGACAAUAAAUUUGAUCUUGCUCAGAACCCACCUGCUCAGUACCAAGUAGUGUAGCCCAAAAAUAUGUCAGAGAUCUCAUUUUCCAGGUGUGUUAUCUAUGGAAAAGGAUGAAGGCAGUUCACCCUAUUUCAGACCUGAAAUUUUUCCCAUAGAAAUUAAGACAAUGAAAAUUCUUACUAAUACAAAGUGGGUUUCAUCUACCUAACUAAUCUAGAAGUGGGAUAUCAUGGUUCCUUUUAGAGAACUUUCAAUCUAGCCCCAUUAACUUCACCACUUUAACAAACAUACUUUUCCUCUUGAACAUAAAAUUCAAGAAAAAGAAUUUUCUACAUCUUAACAUCCUUUCCAAACAUUACCUCAUUGCUUUGUUAAGCUCAGGUUGCUGUUACAAAAUACCAUAGAGUGGGUGGCUUAAACAAUAGACAGUUAUUUUCUACAGCUCUAUAAGCUGGAAGUCUAAGAUAAAGGUGCCAGCUGAUUCAGUUCCUGGUUUAGAUAGCUUCGUUAUUCUGUUUUCUCACAUGGCAGAGAAUAAACAAGCUGUGGUCUUAUAAGGUUGCUAAUCCCAUCAUGGGGCCCCUCCCUCAUCUAAACCUAAUUACUUUCCAAAAUCCCUACUUCCAUGUUCCAUCACAUUGGGGUUAGGGCUUCAACAUAUGUUUGGGGGGAACACAAAUGUCCAGUCCAUAGCAUUCAUUUUCAUCCUAGUAAGUUUGCUAUUGUUUUACUCACUUCACAGAUGAGAUCAGAAACGUUAGGUAACUUGCCAGGGACACACAGCAGGUAUGUUUAACUAAACUGGAUUUCAUAUCCCUUGAUCUUUCCAUUUAUACUAUGCUUAUCUCCAGAGUUAGGCUUCCUCCCAAGGAGGCAGAGUGAUUCAAGCAAAUAUGUGCUGUCUCAAUUUGCUAUACUCCUCUUAAAAUUCUAUUGCUAUUGCUAGGAAAGAAAAUCUGAACAAUGAUCUAUUUUAGCAAACCAGAAAACUACUCAUUCCAAAGCUUUUCUUAGAACAAUUAUUGAUGUUUAGAUCAAUAAGUAUAGAAUCCUGAGAGGAAAGCACUUACUAUAUAUUUCAAGGUUACUUCUAGAAAAUCUGACACCCUAAUUUUCUUUCCUUGAAGGCAAUUGGGAAAAAUAGAAAUAAUUGCAUGCUGUAUUUUUUAAAGUAGAGAGCCAAUGAAGUGUCUAGCAUAAGGAAAACAUACAAUAAGUGAAAAAUAACCUAGUUAUCAGAUUAUCUUACUAAUUCUUUCCUUCAUUUUCUGAGGAUAUUGAUAUAAACAUCAUUGAAUUUGAUGUGUUUGUGUUGCCUUAUAUACAUUUUUUAAAAGAUAAUUACAAAAUUGAUAUUUGUAUCUAGGGACAAAAAUUACAACUGACUUAAAGUUCCUUAAAUAUUUGGAAGGAACUGAAAUUAAAUGGGAAAUAGAAAUUUAUUUGCUCUAAAUUUUUAAAUACAUUUUAUUUUGUAGUUAAUCAUAUAUACCUAACUAAUGUCUAAAUAAGAUAUAAUCCCACCAUGAAUUGUCUCUUCCAAAGUCUUGUUUUCAGGAAUGCAAGGGAACUGGAAUAUUAACGUACCUAGAUCCUAUUUUUAAGGGAAAAAGAACUAUUCAACAUAUUCUAAUAUAUUUGGGUCUGAGAUUAUUAACAUUUGUAAUAUUUUCUAUUCUCUAAAACUAAUGAUUUAGUGAGAAAGAUAAUAAAUAGCAAAUUACUCUAGAAAUUACAAUUUUUAGUAAUAUUGAAUGCCAUAGUAUAAUUUCUUUCAAGGCUUUUAAUUUCCCAAAGAACAGUGAUUUUAUUUAAUGGAAAUUUCACCAUUUGACUAGUAUUCUGAGAAAAGAUUGAUACACUUAAGCAUGACGAUUAGAAAAAUAUGCAUAAUC